AUGGGGAAAGACAAGAAAGAAGAGGAGGCCAUCUUUCUGAGGAAAAAAAUAACUUUGCUGCGGGCUUUCUCGCUCCUCAUCGGCAGCAUGGUUGGUAGUGGCAUCUUUAUCUCCCCAAAAGGAGUACUGAAAAACUCCGGCAGCGUGGGUUUCUCCCUGGUUGUCUGGUUUGCCUGUGGGCUCCUCUCAAUGUUUGGUGCCUUGUGUUAUGCAGAGCUUGGUACAAGAAUCACCAAGUCUGGAGGACAUUAUAUCUACAUUUUGGAGACAUUAGGGCCUCUGCCAAGUUUCUUAUUCCUGUGGGCAGAGUUUUUUGCUAUCAGGCCUGCCAACAGCGCUGUGGUUUCUUUGGCAUUUGGACGCUACAUGCUGGAGCCGUUUUUUGCCCCCUGUGCAGCCCCUGUCCCUGCUGUGAAGCUCGUGUCUCUCCUGGGGUACUACACGGUCCUCACCCUCAAUUCCUGGAGUGUCACCUGGAGUGCCCGGCUGCAGACGGCCCUCUCCAUCGUCAAACUCCUGGCCCUUGCACUCAUCAUCGUGCCAGGGAUGAUGCUGCUGGCCCAGGGCCACACCAAAAACUUCCAGGAUGCUUUUGACAGACAGUCGCUGGUUUUGGAUAAGCUGCCCCUGGCUUUUUACGCAGGCAUGUUUGCAUAUUCAGGCUGGUUUCAGGCCAGCUUUGUGCGUGAAGAGUUGGUCAGACCUGAACGAAAUAUCCCCCUGGCUGUCAUCGUGUCCGUGAUCACGGUAAUUGUGGGGUACAUGCUCACCAACGUCUCCUAUUACACAGUCCUGGGAACGCAAGAUGUUCUGGCUUCUCCUGCUGUGGCUGUGAGCUUUGUGCAGCAAGCCUUCAAAAGCCUGAUCUCCGUGGUCCCUGUCCUUGUCGCACUGUCCUGCUUUGGAACCAUGAAUGGAGGAAUCUUCACAUUUUCAAGGACUCUGUUUGUGGCUUCCAGGGAAGGACAGUGGCCUCCUCUCUUCUCCAUGAUCCACAUCCGAAGGCAUACACCCCUUCCUGCUGUCAUGUUAAUGUUCCCUUUGGUUACUGCCAUGGUGUGUAUCGGAGAUAUCUACCAUCUAAUGAACUUCUUCAGCUUUUCCCGAUGGCUCUUCAUAGGAUUAGCCACCCUCGGGCUCAUUGUCCAUCGCCACCGUCACCCAGAGCUGCACAGCCCGUUCAAGGUUCCCCUGUUUGUUCCUGUCUCUUUUACCAUCAUCUGCCUCUUCACAGUGGCAAUGUCUUUCUACUCAGACCCUGUGAACAUUAGCAUUGGAUGCACCAUGGUUUUAAGUGGUUUUCCAGUCUACUACCUCAUCAUCCGUAGGCAAAUGUCAAGUCGUUGCCGUAGCCUGUUUUAUUAUCUUACACACAAACUACAGUUACUGCUGGAAGUAGUCCAACAAGAAGUCAAAACUUACUGAGAAAACCAUCAGAACUUACAGGAGAAGAUAAAAUCUACUUAUUCCAUUUCUGGUACCUUUGAUCUUACCAA